UACAACGGUCAGCUCCACACAGAUACCCUCCUACUUCAGUACAAGGACCUGCCACACACAGACACCCUCCUACUUCAGUAGAAGGACCAACCCCACAAAGACAUGCUCCUACUUCACUACAACGGUCAGCUCCACAAAGACACCCUCCUACUUCAGUAGAAGGACCAACCCCACACAGACCACCUCCUACUUCAGUACAAGAACCAGCUCCACACAGACACCCUCCUGCUUCAGUACAAGAACCUGCUCCACACAGACACCUCCUACUUCACUACAACGUACAACGGUCAGCUCCACACAGACACCCUCCUACUUCAGUAGAAGGUCCAACCCCACACAGACAUCAUCCUACCUCACUACAACGGUCAUCUCCACACAGACACCCUCCUACUUAAGUAUAAGGACCUGCAACACACAGACAUCCUACUACUUCAGUACAACGGUCAGCUCCAAACAGACACCCUCCUACUUCAGUAUAAGGACCAGCCCCACACAGUCACCCUCCUACUUCAAUAGAAGGACGAACCCCACAAAGACAUCCUCCUACUUCACUACAACGGUCAGCUCCACACAGACACCCUCCUACUUCACUACAACGACCAGUCCCACACAGACACCCUCCUACUUCACUACAAGGACCAGUCCGAAACAACCACCCUCCUACUUCAGUACAAGGACCAGCUCCACAAGGACACCCUCCUACUUCAGUACAAGGACCAAUCCCACACAGACACUCUCCUACUUUAGUACAAUGACCUGCCCCACACAGACACCCUCCUACUUCAGUACAAGGACCUGCCCCACACAGACACCCUCCUACGUCAGUACAAGGACCAGUCCCACACAGACACCUUCCUAUUUCAGUACAAGGACAGGCCCCACACAUACAUCCUCCCACUCUACUUCAAGGAUCAGCCCCACACAGACAACCUCCCACUCUACUUCAAGGAACAGCUCCACACAGACAUCCUCCCACUCUACUUCAAGGACCAGCUCCACACAGACAUCCUCCCACUAUACUUCAAGGACCAGCCCCACAAAGACAUCCUUCCACUGUACUCCAAGGACCAACCCCACACAGACAUCCUUCCACUUUACUUCAAGGACCAACUCCACACAGACAUCCUCCCACUAUACUUCAAGGACCAGCUCCACACAGACAUCCUUCCACUGUACUCCAAGGACCAACCCCACACAGACAUCCUUCCACUUUACUUCAAGGACCAACUCCACACAGACAUCCUCCCACUCUACUUCAAGGACCACCCCCACACAGACAACCUCCCAUUGUACUUCAAGGACCAGCUCCACAAAAACAUCCUCCCACUCUACUUCAAGGACCAGCUCCACACAGACAUCAUUCCACUCUACUUCAAGGACCAACCCAACAAACUUCCUUCCACUCUUCUUCAAGGACCAACCCCACACAGACAACCUCCCACUCUGCUUCAAGGAUCAGCCCCAAACAGAAAUCUUCUCACAUGAAAACAAGGACCAGCCAAGGUACCUUCUACUGUACUUCAAGGACCAGCCAACACAGACAUCCUUCCACUCUACUUCAAAGACCACCUCCACACAGACAACCUCCCACUCUGCUUCAAGGACCAGCUCCACACAGACAUCCUUCCACUGUACUUCAAGGACCAGCUCCACACAGACAUCCUUCCAUUCUACUUCAAGGACCAACACAACAGACAUCCUUCCAUUCUACUUCAAGGACCAGCUCCACACAGACAUACUGCCACAUUACUUCAAGGACCAACCCAACACAGACAUCCUCCCACUCUACUUCAAGGAUCAGCCCCACACAGACAACCUCCCACUCUACUUCAAAGACCAGAUGCACGAAGACAACCCCCUACUCUACUUCAAGGACCAACCCGACACAGACAACCUCCCACUCUGCUUCAAGGAUCAGCCCCACACAGACAUCCUCCAAAAUGAAAGCAAGGACCAUCCAAGGAACAGCUCCACAAAGACAUCCUUCCACUGUACUUCAAGGACCAGCUCCACACAGACAUCCUUCCACUCUAUUUCAAGGACCAACCCAACAGACAUCCUUCCAUUCUACUUCAAGGACCAGCUCCACACAGACAUACUGCCACAUUACUUCAAGGACCAACCCCACACAGACAACCUCCCACUCUGCUUCAAGGAUCAGCCCCACACAGACAUCCUCCCACAUGAAAACAAGGGCCCGCCAACGUACCUUCCACUGUACUUCAAGGACCAGCCAACUCAGACAUCCUCCCACUGUACUUCAAGGACGAGCUCUACACAGACAUCCUUCCACUGUACUUCAAGGACCAGCCAACUCAGACAUCCUUCCACUGUACUUCAAGGACAAGCCAACUCAGACAAUCUCCCACUCUACUUUAAGGACCAGCUACACACAGACAUCCUUCCACUGUACUUCAAGGAACAGCCAACUCAAACAUCCUUCCACUGUACUUCAAGGAACAGGUCCACACAGACAUACUUCCACUGUACUUCAAGUAUCAGCCCCACACAGACAUCCUCCCACAUGAAAACAAGGACAAGCCAAGGUACCUUCCACUGUACUUCCAGGAUCAGUCCCACACAGACAUCCUUCCACUGUACUUCAAGGACCAGCUCUACACAGACAUCCUUCCACUCUUCUUCAAGGACCAGCUCCACACAGACAUCCCCCCACUCUAUUCAAGGACCAGCUCCACACAGACAUCCCCCCACUGUAUUCAAGGACCAGCUCCACACAGACAUCCUUCCACUUUACUUCAAGGACCAACCGCACACAGACAACCUCCCACUCUGCUUCAAGGAUAAGCCCCACACAGACAUCCUCCCACAUGAACACAAGGACCAGGAAAGGACCAGCUCCACACAGAGAUCCUUCCACUAUACUUCAAGGACCAGCUCCACACAGACAUCCUUCCACUCUACUUCAAGGACCAAACCAACAGACAUCCUUCCACUCUCCUUCAAGGACCAGCUCCACACAGACAUCCUUCCAUUCUACUUCAAGGACCAGCUAACUCAGACAUCCUUCCACUGUCCUUCAAGAACCAGCUCCACCCAGACAACCUCCCACUGUACUUCAAGGACCAGCUCCACACAGACAUCCUAUCCACUGUACUUCAAGGACCAACUCCACACAGACAUACUGCCACUUUACUUCAAGGACCAACCCCACACAGACAACCUCCAACUCUGCUUCAAGGAUCAGCCCCACACAGACAUCCUCCCACAUGAAAACAAGGACCAGCCAAGGUACCUUCCACUGUACUUCAAGGACCAUCCAACACAGACAUCCUUCCACUGUACUUCAAGGACCAGCUACACACAGACAUCCUUCCACUGUUAUUCGAGGACCAGCUCUACACAGACAUCCUUAAACUGUACUUCAAGGACCUGCUCCAAACAGACAUCCUCCCAAUCUACUUCAAUGACCAACACAGACAUCCUUCCACUGUACUUAAAGGACCAGCUCUACACAGAUAACCUCCCACUGUGCUUCAAGGACCAACUCCACACAGGCAUCCGUCGACUGUACUUUAAGGACCAGCUCCACAGAGACAUCCUCCCACUCUAUUCAAGGGCCAACCCCAAACAGACAACCUCCUACUUCAGUACAAGGACCAGCUCCACACAGACAUCCUUCCACUGUACUCCAAGGACGAACCCCACACAGACAUCCUCCUACUUCACUACAAGUAACAGCCUUACACAGAUACCCCCCUACUUCACUUCAAGAACCAGAUCCACACAGACACCCUCCUAUUUCACUGCAACGACCAGCUCCAUACAGACACCCUCCUACUUCAGUACAAGGACCAACCCCACACAGACACCCCCCUACUUCACUACAACGACCAGCUCCAUACAGACACCCUCCUACUUCACUACAAGGACCAGCUCCACACAGACACCCUCCUACUUCACUACAACGACCAGAUCCACACAGACACCCUCCUACUUAACUACAAGGACAAGAUCCACACAGACACCCUCCUACUUCAGUACAACGACCAGAUCCACACAGACACCCUCCUACUUCAGUACAACGACCAACUCCACACAGACACCCUCCUACUUAACUAACGACCAGCUCCACAUAGACAUCCUCCUACUUCACUACAAGGACAAGCUUCACACAGAUACCCUCCUCCUCCUUCACUACAACGACCAGCUUCACACAGACAUCCUCCUACUUCACUACAAGGACAAUCUUCACACAGAUACCCUCCUCCUCCUUCACUACAACGACCAGCUUCACACAGACAUCCUCCUACUUCACUACAAGGACAAGCUUCACACAGAUACCCUCCUCCUCCUUCACUACAACGACCAGCUUCACACAGACAUCCUCCUACUUCACUACAAGGACAAGCUUCACACAGAUACCCUCCUCCUCCUUCACUACAACGACCAGCUUCACACAGACAUCCUCCUACUUCAUUACAAGGACAAGCUUCACACAGAUACCCUCCUCCUCCUUCACUACAACGACCAGCUUCAAACAGACAUCCUCCUACUUCAAUAG